UCCGGGACCCGGGCCACCCACUGGGCGGGGGUGCUGGUCGGCCCCGGGCUCUACAAAGCCCUGAAGGUAAAUCCGCCUGGGAGACGGGCUACUGGAGCUCUAGGGGACCUGCGACGGGGGCUGGCCGCUGGAUGGCGGCGGAGGGGAGCGUCGCGCGACGAGUUUCCCAAGAAAGCUGAACUCGUCCCAAGUUUCCCGUGCAUCAGUUUGCACCGGCGAUUUGGUGGCGGUCUGUUUCUGUGCGGGUGGUCUUGGGCCGCGAGAGGGGCGCGGAGGUGAUUGGAUUAAUUCGCCUGGGCACGACCCAGGUUUCUGUACUGGACCCCUCGCCGCGGUGGGCGCAGUUUUUGCCCCAGAAAGGGUGGGUAAUUGAACGCAGUUGUGUCCCGCGGUAGCCGGGUGAUCCCCGGGCUCAGAGCGCGCGCGUCUGCAAGGCGUGCCUGGUAGUCCGGAGGCCAAGCUCCAUGACUUCUUUCCUCUUUAGGCAAGACUAACUAGGUGCAGUCCGCCACCCCCGCCCCCCCGGGGGCUGACCCCCGAGGCUCCGCUAUGAACACCGAGAGCGAAGUGGAUUUUUCCAGCAACAGCUUAACCCCUUUGUGGCGGAGGCGUUCAACCCCUCAGCCCCAGCUCCUGGGCCGGAGCAAGCCGAGGCCCCAGUCCUACCAGAGCCCCAGCGGGUUGCUGAUCACGGAUUUCCCGGUGGAGGACCGAGAGACGCUCCCUGCGGCGCAGAGUCUGGCCGAAGUGCCCGGCGCCUCCGACGGCAGGACGGUCCAGAGGAGCCCCCUGCUUCUCUGCGCCCAUCGGAGGGCGGUGACCAAUGGGAGGACCGUCUCCCCGGAGUACAGGGCUAUCUCUCCUCGGCUCCGACGGCCCAAGUCCCCCCAAGUCCCCAGAGUGGCGUCGGGCGGCUCCCCCAAGUCCCCAGCUAACGGCACAGCGACCAAGCCCGCGCCUCAGCCGCUGCACCCCCCGCGGACUCCUCCAGCGUUCUCCCCCUGCAGCCCCGAGGGGGACAAGCCCGGAUUCCCCACCAGCCCCCUGCCUUCGCCGGCUGCAAAUGGGCUUUCCCCUGAUAUCUCCUCCCAAGGCGCCGGUUCGCUGUCCGGCAACAUUGCUAAGGACCGUGAGCGAGGACCCUCGAAGCUCUCUCCUUCGCCCCCCAAAAGGUCUUUGGAACAAAAACUGCCCCUCCAAAGGCUGCCCUCACCGGAGAACGAACUCCUGGAGAGUCCUUCGGUGGUUUUGAGCACAAACAGCCCCGCCGCCCUCAAAGUGGGAAAACAGCAGAUCAUUCCGAAGAGCUUGGCCUCGGAAAUUAAAAUUAGUAAGUCCAACAGUCUGAACGUGGAACCUCACAAGAGACUGCUCAAGGUACGCAGCAUGGUGGAGGGUCUUGGGGCCCCCCUGGGCCCAGCAGAGGACGAGGGCGAGGCGGAGCACGACUUGGACAGCCCGGGGUCUCUGCGGAGAGGCUUGCGGUCCACCUCCUAUCGCAGGGCGGUGGUCAGUGGCGUUGAUUUUGACAGUCCUGGCACCUCGAAGAAGAAGAACAGGAUGUCCCAGCCGGUUCUGAAAGCAGUGAUGGAAGACAAGGAGAAGUUUUCCAGCCUGGGAAGGAUAAAGAAAAAAAUGCUGAAAGGACAAGGAACAUUUGAUGGGGAAGAAAACGCUGUCCUGUAUCAGAACUACAAAGAAAAGGCCCUUGACAUCGACUCCGAUGAGGAGUCAGAGCCGAAAGAACAGAAAUCCGAUGAAAAAAUUGUGAUUCACCACAAGCCUCUGCGGUCCACAUGGAGCCAGCUCUCUGCGGUGAAAAGAAAUGGAUUAUCUCAGACAGUUAGCCAGGAGGAAAGAAAGCGACAAGAGGCUAUUUUUGAAGUCAUAUCCUCUGAACACUCGUAUUUACUCAGUUUGGAGAUCUUGAUACGAAUGUUUAAAAAUUCUAAAGCGCUGAGUGAUACGAUGACGAAGACCGAGAGUCACCAUCUUUUCUCCAAUAUUACAGAUGUCUGUGAGGCCAGCAAAAAAUUCUUUACAGAGUUGGAAGCAAGACAUCAGAAUAACAUCUUCAUAGAGGACAUAAGUGACAUUGUGGAGAAGCACACAGCAUCCACAUUUGACCCAUAUGUGAAAUACUGCACAAAUGAAGUCUACCAACAGCGGACACUGCAAAAAUUGUUAGCCACCAACCCGUCCUUCAAGGAAGUUCUGUCCCGAAUCGAGUCCCAUGAAGACUGCAGGAACCUCCCCAUGAUCUCGUUCCUCAUUCUCCCCAUGCAGAGGGUGACCCGCCUGCCCCUGCUGAUGGACACUAUCUGUCAAAAGACACCUAAGGACUCUCCGAAAUAUGAAGUCUGCAAAAGGGCCUUAAAGGAAGUGAGCAAGUUGGUGCGACUCUGUAAUGAAGGAGCCCGGAAGAUGGAAAGGACAGAAAUGAUGUACACAAUUAACUCCCAGCUGGAAUUUAAAAUUAAGCCUUUCCCUCUGGUCUCCUCUUCCCGGUGGCUGGUAAAAAGAGGGGAGCUGACGGCGUACGUGGAAGACACGGUGCUUUUCUCAAAAAGGACGUCCAGACAGCUAGUCUACUUCUUCCUGUUUAACGAUGUGCUCAUCAUCACCAAGAAGAAGAGUGAAGAAAGUUACAAUGUCAACGAUUAUUCUUUAAGAGAUCAGCUACUGGUGGAGUCUUGUGACAGUGAAGAGCUUAAUUCUUCUCCAGGGAAGAACAGCUCCACAAUGCUUUAUUCAAGACAGAACUCUGCCAGUCACCUCUUUACGCUGACUGUCCUUAGUAACCAUGCCAACGAGAAAGUCGAGAUGCUGCUGGGAGCGGAGACGCAGAGUGAGCGAGCCCGUUGGAUAACUGCGCUGGGACACAGCAGUGGGAAGCAGCCUCCAGAUCGGACCUCACUGACCCAAGUGGAAAUCAUUCGGUCAUUUACUGCCAAGCAGCCAGAUGAACUCUCUCUGCAGGUGGCAGAUGUGGUCCUCAUUUAUCAGCGUGUUAGCGACGGCUGGUAUGAAGGGGAAAGACUUCGAGAUGGAGAACGGGGCUGGUUUCCUAUGGAAUGUGCUAAGGAGAUAACGUGUCAAGCUACGAUUGACAAGAAUGUGGAGAGAAUGGGACGUUUGCUGGGACUGGAAACCAACGUGUAGCCUCUCCGAGGGUAUUCUGCCACUGCGAGAUUUGCACUACAUCAUGGUGGGCUGGUUGGUUCAGAUCUGGUUUUGAUGUUAAUUUUAACACAGCCUAGUUAAUUAAAAGAAUGGAAACACUUGCCUUUAAGUUUGCCAGGUGGUUCUGUUCUCCCAGGAGAACAGCUACCGGAUACGGUUAGCCCACAAUGCUCAGUCUGUGCACGGCAAUCCUUUUGCAAACCUCUUUAGGUUAACAGAAUAGCUGAGCAGUUCACUUCAGGGAUCAGGCUGCCUCAGCUACUCCUCAUUGCAUCAUGUCCUAGCAUAAAAAGAAAAUCUAUGUAAGAUGUUGCAUCCUCAUUUUCUCUAUCUUCACUUAACCAAGAAUGUAUAUUAGCUCUCUUUAAACAUCUCCUUCACAUGGUUCUUCCAGUAUUACCAAGGUUUUAUGUCUUUAAGAAAUGCCCAGUUUUGUAACUAUUUUUCCUGACUUUUAUAUUUUAGAUCUGAUAGAUUUCAAAAGGAACUGCUAGAGUUCUGAAGGUGAGCCCAGCCAUUCUAAACCUCUUCCCAGAAAAGGGAAAUUGACACUUGAAUUUUUGUCACCCUUUCCUCAUUGGAAGGGAAGGAGCCUUAGAAGAUUUUUUUUUUUUUUAAAUCUUUCUCACGUAACUUUGGUCUUAGGUAAAUAUAUUCUAAUAAAACAUAGGCUACUCUAACAACAUAGAAUUUAGAUGCCUCACAUAUGUGAGAAAAUCUUGAAUAUAGGACAAGGAUCCUGCUUUUUAAAAAUAGACUCAACUGAGCUGAUUAGAUGACGUGAGGCUGCUUUGCCUUCAAUAACAUGAGGUUUUAGACGGUUCCUACUCCUAUUUGCAGAAGGAAAUUGGCUGAAACAUACUUUAACCAUUUUAAGGAAGGUAAAAUUGGACCUUAAAAGGUAUCAAGCCAGCUUGGUACUUAAUUACAACAUAACAUUUUGACCUUAAUGGGAACUCAUUUUAUUUGCACUAAAGGCCUUGCUUGCUGGAUUUGAAGUCUCUUAACUGUGGGUAUCUGCAGAACUUUAUUUCUUUCACUAGUACAAGGAGAGAGAAGAGUCAUUAUGAUUGAAUGUUUUCAUGGAGAGGGAAUGGAGGGUUUGGAAGAGUGAGGGGGAGGGAUGAUUUUUUUUUUUACUGGCAGCUACUUUCCACCUCUACUCCAUUGUUUUCCACGAAGGGCCUGGCAACACCAUUCAAGGACUCAGGUCCCUGUCUGACAUGUCCCCAGCUACCGUCUGCCAAGUUUAUCUGCUGUGAGUAACCGUAGGAGCCCAGGGCAGGAGGUGAGUGAGCUUGGCUCACCUUCGUGUCCCUCACUGCAGCAGUUGAGCCCGUGGUGGGGGGCCCCCUGUGGCCGCGUUGCCCCUGGAUCACUCUCCCUCAUCAGUGGAACAUUUCUGGGUAUAAAGAUAUUCCAGGUCCUGAGCAACUUGAGGUCUGGGUCAGUCUGUCAGUGGAGAAUAGCAGUGGGCUCAGCUAGUGAGGUCCCAGGGGUGGUACAACAAACCACAGACUUUUUGGAGGAGAGGCUGACAAAAUUUAACUAAUGGGUCAUUUUCACGGAAGGAAAGUAAAUGUGUUGCUUUGCAAAGAGACCAUUUCGUAUUAUUUUUUGCUAAUACCCUGUUAAAACUAAAGAUUAGCAACUGUAUGAAUCCUUUAUCAGUAUGAGAUGUUGAACAGUUCUGGAAACACGUGCAUAAGUCAAAGCCUAUUUAGCAAGUGGGUUAAUACUGUUAUUAGAUAAAACAGUGUGAGUGACAGAGUAUUGUUUUUCACACCCAGUUCACUUUCUAUGUAUAGCUUCUAUGAACUGUACAAUGACUUCAUUCAGUGACCUGUGGAGAACAAAAAUAUUCUUUUUUGUCCCAGUGAAAUGAGACUGCUUGUACACUUUUGGCAAAAAUAUGUGAGUUUAUAAAGAUUUUGUAUAUACUUGUUCUUUCAUGCUGAUGUGAUUUAAGUUUCCUGCAUUUUGAGUCAAAUCAGAGUUCUACUCAAAAGGUAUCUGUAGCUAAUAUGAAAGCUGUCUGUCCGAUCUUUUUUGGGUACAUGUGGGCCUCAGCUGCUCUAAAACACAGCCAUUUUUAAGAACUGGGCCAUCCUAUUUCUUUCUUAAGAGUUGCCAUAAAACCUCAUGACUGAAUAGCUUAUCUCAAAUAAUUCAGUUAUUAACCCUUGGAAUAAACACCUUAUUGCAAGUUCACUUUGGCCACUCAGUAUCUGAACCCUUGUACCUGGGACAUUUUACCCCUUUGUGAAUCUUGGUGGAAGACAAAGAAUGACUGGAUUAUUUCCACAAAUUCAGUGGCUUAAAAUAACAUUCCUUUAUGGUCUCGCAGUUCUAAA